AUGAACAUCAAUGAUAAUGAUACUGAUUUAUGUGAAAUUAAUUUACCAUCGAGUAAACGAGGUCAGAACAAGAAGACAUGUGCAAGCAAACAUUUGUUUCAUAAAAAUGUCGAAAAUAGUCCUGAUGAUGAACCGAUAUUUAAAACAUUGAUACCUGUUUCACUUGAUCAAUACAAAAACAUUAAUAACCAAGAAAACACACCACCAUCCUUAAUUAUUGAUUCUAGUAAAGAAGCGUGUGCUUCACAAACAGUUUUAUCUGAUUAUUUUCCGCCGAGUGAACCAGUUGGAGAACGUGUACCACGUGCUACAUCAAAUUCUAUUCAUACAACGGAAAGUUAUAUAUCAAAGAAUUCAUCACGUUAUACAUCUGUUGAAAAUCGUUCUGGUGAUAUCGAUCGAUCGAGUAAAGAGCGUCCAACUGAACAGAGUUUAACACCUAUCGUCAAUCGUUCAACCAAAAGUCCAUACGCUACGAACAUUCGUUCACAGCCCUCAACUUCUCGAAUUAUUGUUUCCGUCGAUCGAUCUGAACGAGAUUCAAAUGAAAACUUUAACAUCAAUUACCGUACUUCAACACCCAUGCGUUCGUCUCGUCGUGAACAAACUAGUAUUAGCUUAACUGAUUCUUACAAUGAUUCAUUUUCUGUCGAUUCUAUCCCGAAGGAAACAUAUGAUAUUCUGACGCGAUUUUCAGAAUUUCGUCGAUUAGUUAAAGCUUUUAACAACGAGCGUAAGAAAUGUGAAAUUUGGUCAAAAGAUUUUGCCCGUCUCAAAAUGAACUACGAACAAUUACAGGAACAAUCUUUUCCUCGUCCUCCAGCACCUGCACUGAGUUAUUUAGUUGACAUGGUUACCCUAAUCCAACAGUCUGGCGGACGUGCAGAUCCACGAUCUGAUGAUCAACUGGCGCGUGAUUUAGGCGAAAAUCCAGUCUUUUUGAUGGGGUUAAAAGAUGUUACUCCUCAACAAACAGCAUUGAACGUGUUCAAUCAUCUAUAUCCUGGCUAUGAAGCUAAAGUAGAGUUAGGUUCAGUAAAAAAUUUGGACAUUAAGAGACCUGGUCUUCUUCAAACCUUAUUAACUUUUGCUCAACGAGCAUCACCAGGUUCCACUUACAAAAUGCAAGAGUUACGUGAUGGUUUAAGUAACAGUAUACGUGGAGCGCGGCAUCAUUGGCGAAAAUUGACAGGUUCAAUGAAUCAAGCAACGGCUCUUCUUGGAAGAAAUAAUGGUAAUCAAAUGGAGUUGCGAGAUGAAAAUCAUAUUAAUCCAGUCAAUGAAAUUCCAACAGGUAUUGGAAAUACGUAUACGAAUGAAACACUAUUAGGGAGAAGAGGUGAUAGUGACGACAGUUUUUAA